AUGUCGGGCAAACCUUUCGGAGCACUGGCCAAGAAGCUGAUGAAGGGCGUCAUCGCGCUGGAACUGCUGGGCAUUUUCGGAGCUUACGCGCUCUUCCGCGCCAUGGAUGAUAGCCAAGAUUUCAGGAGCACAAUGAAGAGAAGAUUUCCGUCCAUCUUGGAAGUUUACUACAAGUCCAACGAAAUGGCGGGCGUGUACGGCGCUCGGCAGAGAGACCGAGAAGCGUGGUCGGACGGGCGCUGA